AUGUUUGUGAAUGGACCAAGAGCUUUUUCAUCACUCGAUUAUGCAAAGGAAGCAAACACAUUGUUGGAUAACUUAAGUCACUGUGACAACAUUCCACAUCUUUUGAUUCAUGGAGGAGAUGGCAGUGGGAGGUAUACAAGGGCAAUGCUCUUUUUACAGAACAUAUAUGGCAAAGGAGUGUAUAACAUCGAGUCUGGAGUGACUCAGAUUGUUGUAAAUAACAUGAAGGAGGAUGUGAAAGUGCGGUCGUCGUUAUUUCAUGUUGAAAUUGUCCCCAGCGAUUUGUUCAAUGGAGACAACGAAAUUAUUCAAGAGUUCGUCAAAAGUUUGACUAAUAUUCAAACCCUGACUUCUUUAUUCCAAAAAUUAACAAGUGGGAAACCCCCACCAAGGUACAGAGUAAUUAUGCUCUUCGAAGCUGAUUCUCUUUCUUAUGAAGCACAACAAUCACUGAGAAGAACAAUGGAAGUUGGGUCGACGUACUGUCGAUUUAUUCUCUUUUGUAGUAAUGUUUGUGGCAUGUUACAACCAAUACGGUCGAGAUGUAUUCUUGUACGAGUACCUUAUCCCAACAAAAAAUCAUUUAAGAGUCUCAGUAAGAAGCUGAAAGUAGAGAAAAAGGUCAUUGAAAUGGCAAAAGGGAAUUUGAAAGAGGUUGCUGCACUUAUCGAACAGAAGAAGAUUUUGGGUGUCAUCACUCCUCCACUGUUGGAACAACUCGUUCAUGAAAUUACACGCUCACUCAUGCAACUCAAAAGUAUCGAACACACCACUACACUUGCAAUUGACGCACUCACCCUUGUUGACCCUCGUGUCUUACUUCGUAACAUAUCCUGUUGUUUGAUGGAAGAGAAGAGUAUAUCUGAGGGGGACAAAAUCAAAAUAAUGAAGACGACGGCAUCAUGUGGGAGAAAUCUGUUUUUGGCACAAGACCCAUCAAAACACUUUGCAGCUUUCUUUGCAAACAUUGAAACAAUUUUAACUCCUCCAAUCGACUUGAACGAAGGCGAGGGUCUGUAA